AUGAUCACCGCAUAUGGGGUAGAAUACGAAGAUGCUGAUGAUACAAUUUUAAUGCUUUUAGGUAAUAAAAAUGAUUAUGAUUUAUGGGAAAAAUUAGGGAAUCCUGGCUGGGAUUACGAAAAUGUCCUGUACUAUUUUAAAAAAUCGGAAGACAACAGAAACCCUUACCUCCAGAAAACCCCAUACCACGGUACAGGAGGUUAUCUAACAGUCCAAGAGUCCCCCUGGAGAACUCCACUGGUGGUAGCGUUUGUACAAGCAGGGAACGAAAUGGGAUAUCCCAUUCGUGAUAUUAACGGAGCUGAGCAAGCAGGAUUCAUGAUCGCCCAAGGCACCAUCAGAAGAGGACAACGGUGUUCUACGGCAAAAGGAUUUCUUCGACCAGCUCGUCUUAGAAGAAAUCUUCAUAUCGCUUUGAACGCGCAUGUGACUCGACUGUUAAUAAGUCCACAUACUAAAAGAGCAUUCGGGGUAGAAUUUUACAGACAUGGAAGACGUCAAGUAAUUACAGCUAGGAGAGAAAUUGUUUUAUCGGCUGGAUCAAUUAAUUCGCCACAAAUUCUGAUGCUUUCCGGAAUCGGCCCCAAAGAGCACAUAUCAAAACUGGGAAUUCCGGUAAUAAGCGAUUUAAGAGUGGGCGACAAUCUUCAAGACCAUGUGGGCAUGGGUGGUCUUACGUUCCUUGUUGACAAGCCCAUUUCGAUAGUCCAAGAUCGUUUUGAGGCAUUUCCGAUGACCAUGCAGUACGUAAUGAACGAAAAGGGACCCAUGACAACACUGGGAGGCGUGGAAGGAUUGGGGUUCAUCAACACGAUUUACGGAAACAGAUCAUGGCCGGAUAUACAAUUCCAUAUGGCUCCAGCAAGUAUAAAUUCUGAUGGUGGACGAAAAGUGCGAACAGUACUGGGAAUUACUGAUAACUUAUACAACACAGUGUACAAACCCAUUGCAAAUAGGGAUGCCUGGACAAUUAUGCCUCUGCUUUUGCGUCCAAGAUCAAGAGGAACGGUCAGGUUACGUACCAAAAAUCCAUUUCAUUACCCCAUAAUCGACGCUAACUAUUUUGCGGAUUCCUUCGACAUCAAAACAUUAGUAGAAGGAGCAAAAUUCGCAGUAAAGUUAUCACAGUCAAGAGUUUUCAAGCAAUUUGGCUCCCGCAUUCAUACAAUUCCGUUCCCAAACUGCAGGAAUCACACUUUUGGAAGCGACAAAUACUGGGAAUGUCACAUAAGGACAAUUUCAAUGACAAUUUACCAUCCAGUUGGAACGUGUAAAAUGGGUCCUGAAACUGAUUCGACCGCAGUGGUUGAUCCCAGAUUGAGAGUGUACGGAGUGGGAGGUCUCAGGGUAAUCGAUGCCUCCAUUAUGCCUACCAUUCCAAGCGGAAAUACCAACGCGCCAGCCAUCAUGGUAGGAGAAAAGGGAGCAGAUUUAAUUAAAGAGGACUGGCUGGGAGAAAAUUAUCGACGCUCCAAAAUUGGAUAAACAAAAACAAUACAAUAUGAACAACACAAAAUACUCUAAAUAACGACAACUAUAUGUCAUUGUUAAGAAAUAAACAAUAGUGUCUAGGUAAAAUUUACCGAUUAUCGACUUCAUACGUACUGAAUAUUCUAAGAAAUUCGCAAAAAAAUAUCGGUAUUUUAAACAGAUCAAAAAAGUGAACCUACUGUACAGAAUCUUCAUGCUGUGGCUAGACUGUCGUUAGGUUGUUAUCAUAGACAUAUAUUAAUGGACGUGCCUUAGCCGU